AUGCGUUAUACAAAAGCCAGUCCGAGAACGGAUUGGCCUAUUACAGGAUGCAAGGCCAAGUUAGAUAUUCAAGAAUGUGUUAUGUAUCUUUCACAUUCAAUGCCGGUCUGCAAAGCGCCUUAA